AUCUGUGGGCGUGUCACGUGUUGUCUUUUCCCCUCAUUCGUUGCGAUGUUUUAUUAGAGUUGCAAGAUGGCGACCGUGCAUCUGAGAAUCGGAGACCUGGUGUGGGGUAAACUUGGCCGCUAUCCGCCAUGGCCAGGAAAGAUCGUGAGCCCUCCCAAGGAUCUGAAAAAACCAAGAGGCAAAAAAUGCCAUUUUGUGAAAUUUUUUGGAACUGAAGACCAUGCUUGGAUUAAAGUGGAACAGCUGAAACCCUACCAUGCCCACAAGGAAGAGAUGAUCAAGAUCAACAAAGGCAAGCGCUUCCAGCAGGCCGUGGACGCCGUUGAAGACUUCCUCAAAAAAUCCAAGGGCAAAGAGCAGAACUCUGAGGGCAAGGGAGACUCGAAAGGAAAGAAGACCCCCAACAAACCACUGAAGAUACUGGAUGAGGAUGACGAGGAUCUUAGUGCCUUGAGAGAUCCAUCAGAGAAGGACUUAACUGACUCUGACCCCGAGCCAUCCACUAUUGAGAGGCUGGGGGCUGGACCUGGAUUCAAAUGGGAAAGCAGUCCUGUCAAGGAUGACCCACAUUUCCACCACUUCUUGCUUAGCCAGUCUGAGAAGCCCGCCCCGUCCAUGGAACCAAUAAGCAAGCGCCUAAAAAUUAUUGAGGAGGACACGGCAUCGACAUCCAUUCAGGCAGCAGACAGCACUGCCAUCAAUGGCAGCAUCACACCCACAGAUAAAAGAAUAGGGUUCCUGGGUCUGGGGCUGAUGGGUAGCGGUAUUGUUUCCAACUUAUUGAAAAUGGGUCAUAUUGUCACAGUGUGGAACCGCACAGCAGAAAAGUGUGACCUAUUCAUCCAAGAAGGUGCUCGGUUGGGGCGGACUCCUGCAGAGGUUGCUUCCAUGUGUGAUAUCACUUUCUCUUGUGUCUCGGACCCAAAGGCUGCCAGAGAUUUGGUUCUGGGUCCCAGUGGAGUGCUUCAGGGAAUCCGGCCGGGCAAGUGCUAUGUAGAGAUGAGUACUGUUGAUCCAGAGACCAUCACAGAACUCUCACAGGUGAUCACCUCAAGGGGUGGGCGUUUCCUGGAGGCUCCGGUGGCAGGAAGCCAGCAGCUGUCUAAUGAUGGGAUGUUGGUCAUCCUGGCGGCGGGCGACAGAACAGUUUAUUCCGACUGCAGCAGCUGCUUUCAGGCCAUGGGCAAGACUUCCUUCUUCUUGGGGGAAGCGGGGAAUGCAGCAAGGAUGAUGCUCAUUCUCAACAUGGUGCAGGGCAGCUUCAUGGCCACCAUUGCAGAAGGCCUCACCCUGGCCCAGGCCACUGGCCAAUCACAGCAGACCUUCCUGGACAUCCUGUGCCAGGGCCAGAUGGCCAGCACCUUUGUGGACCAGAAAUGCCAAAAUAUUUUACAGGGCAACUUCAAACCAGACUACUAUUUGAAGCACAUUCAGAAAGACUUGAGGCUAGCCAUCUCCAUGGGCGACACGGCCAACCACCCCACCCCCAUGGCUGCCGCUGCCAACGAGGUGUACAAGCGGGCCAAGGCGUUGGACCAGUCAGACAAUGACAUCUCUGCAGUCUACAGAGCCUACAUCCACUAGCUUGAGGUGCGGCCACGUUGCUCUCCCUCCCGUCUUUCAUGAUUUUCCUCCCUCUUGAUGUAACACCUUUUUAUAUUUGAAAUUCUUUUAUUUGAUUAGAUUAGAUUUUAUUUUUGGUUCCAGUUUUUGCACCUGCUGUUAGCCGCCUGUCCUCUUUAUGAUAGGAAAGGAAAGAUUAAACCUUGCACUGACUUAACUCAAACUCAUUGUGCUCUAAAACAAAAACAAAAGGCUACUGUGAGCGACACCGGACGAGCGUCUUGGCAGGACUGUGGGCUCUAGAACCACUGUGAAGCCACGUGAUUGGCUGUCAGGUUUUGUGAAGGCAGACGUUACUUUCCUUUCAUUUCACCUAUUCUUUGCUUUUUCUUGAAAUAUGUGAACAUCCAAGAGGGAAAGAUGGAGGAUAUGCCACUGCAUUGCCUUAAUAGGACGGAUAAUCCCUUAUUUAUUGAUCUUUGUGCCGUUUGCUCAUGCCAUAUUUACCUGUUACCUGACAAAGGCAACUCAUGCUUUGCAUUUAGCAACAAGUCAAGACUGGAGAUGUCCAUCUUUGCUUCCUUUUUCUGGCUUUGGACAAGUUGUCAUGAGUUUCAUUUUGCUUGUGUUCAUAUAUGAAUGAUUUAUUAUUAUUAUUAUUAUUAUUUUUAUUCCUGCAUUUAACCUGCAACCACGUCAAUCCACUUGGCACCUACACCAUGCCCACAUCAAUACGCACGUUUUAAAAACACUUUUUUUAAAACUCCGACCAGAGUGGAGAUUUUCUCAUUUGUGAGUGUGGACGAGGAAAAUUGAGCUUUUUUGUUUGUGUCUUAAGAAAUGGGAGACACUUUCACCCCUCUUUCAACCUUAUUUCAAGGAAAUGUAACCUUUUUUGGGGGGGAACUGUGCCCGUCAUCCACAGCCCUUAUGUGAACUUUUCUGUGCAUUCUAAAGGUAUGAAAACAGGUCAAAAGAGGCAGGUAACGAAUGCACGUAAUGGGACACACCUGUUCCGCCUAGAAGGGGCGCUAUUGAGCAAGUGUUCGAUGAAGCUAGCUGCUAGCUACAUAUUGGAGCUGCCAACUGGAUCCACUAGCCAGCUAGUGCUAGCUAGCUGCUAGUCGGUACAUAUUGGAGCCACCAAGGGGAUUUGGCUGGUUGCUAGCUAGGAGGCUAUUUGCUAUCUAGCUAGUCUUGUGUAUAACAACAAUGUGGGUGUAGCUUAGAUGAUAUGCAGCUCACAUGAUGGAAAUGGAGCCUUGUUGCCGCCUUUUGGAGGUUUUUUUCCAGAAAGCUUCCUGGGUGGAAUAGGUGUGUCCCAUUAUGUGCACUCUUAGCUGCCUCCUUUUUAUCUGUUUGUCUAUCUUUCGAAGGCACGUAAAAGAGAGAGAAACGUGUGCAUGUGGCUCAUAAGGAUUGUGGAUGAUGGACAAAAUUCCCAAACAAAUGUAUUUUUCCUUUCUGGGUUUCAUUCCGUGCGUACGUUCUUAGGAGACACGCGGGUGAUUUACAACCAUUGAUGUUUCCUGGCCGCUGGUUUUAGAGCUGAUGUAUGCAAGAUUGUACAUGUCAACUACAAAUACGACAACAUGGUUGAGGAGACGUGUCAAAGUGCAGCCAUGUUGCUUUUCCAGGCUUUCUGAUCGGGCAAAAUACUUGGGACAGCUGGUGAAUGUGUUUUUUACACAUGACUUCAAAACUCCACUCAUGUGGAUGGAGAUUUGUUUUUGUUUUUUAACACUGGAGUGGGGAAAAUGUGCAUUUUGAAUCCACCCAUGUCACGUGGACACACACUAUUGACCCAAAUAUAACAUUAUUCAAUCUAGCAGAUGCUAUUUUGUUUUGGAAUACUUGAGUUUCUUGACAUGAGGAACACUACUGAAAACAUUCUUAAUCCCCCCCUCCAAAAACAGGUCAUGAAAAAGAGGGGGUCGUCUUAUAUUCGGGUCAGUGUGCCAUGUGAACUGAAGUCAAUGAUGAUACUUAUUAUUAAUAGUAUUGUUAUUGUUAGUUGUAAUAUCACGCAGGGAUGAUUAUUUUUAUGCUAACUUGGACAGAAAAGCAUGGAAGCACAUUUCUACCACUGAAAGAAGAAAUAUCCCAAUGGCAAUCACAUGACGAGAUAAAAAGUCAUAAUUAUGAGAUUUAAAAAAUCAUAAUUACGACAUUGACAACCCUAAAGCGAGAAAGCCGAAAUUAUGAAAUGAAAAAGUUGAAAUUACAAGGAAAAAGUGAAAAUUAUGAGAGGAAAAAUCCAAAUUAUGAGAAUCUAAAUUAUGAGAAAGUCGAAAUUACAAGAUAAAAAGUCACAAUUAAGAGGAAAAAAAUGAAAUUACGAGAAAAGUAGAAAUUACAAGGUAGUCCUAAUAAUGGGAUUUUUAAAACAAAAAUCAUAAUUCCGAGAAGUCAACAUUACAUGAUGAUGAUGAGGAGGAGGAGGAGGAGGAGGAAAAAGUUGAAAUAAGAUAAAAAGUCAUAAAUAUGAGAUCAUACCACUCAGCACAUGCUCAGUUUGGAUCUCUUAAUUGUGGCGUUUUACGUGAUAAUUCUAGCUUCCCGUUACCAUGGGGAUGUUUACCGUUUCUCUCUCUCGGUGGCGGAACAUGCUUCCAGAAAAAGUGUUUGAUUGGAAAUGAAAAAGUAGUUUUUAUAUACGCGCUGACAAAUGUUGAUUAGACUGAAGUUCAUAUGUUGCCAUUGAUGCUUCAGUACCCACCCACCUACCCACCUACCUACCUACCAUGGCAUCACACAGUACAGUACCCACCCACCUACCCACCUACCUACCUACCAUGGCAUCACACAGUACAGUACCCACCCACCUACCUACCUACCUACCAUGGCAUCACACAGUACAGUACCCACCCACCUACCUACCUACCUACCUACCAUGGCAUCACACAGUACAGUACCCAUCCACCUACCUACCUACCUACCAUGGCAUCACACAGUACAGUACCCAUCCACCUACCUACCUACCUACCAUGGCAUCACACAGUACAGUACCCAUCCACCUACCUACCUACCUACCAUGGCAUCACACAGUACAGUACCCAUCCACCUACCUACCUACCUACCAUGGCAUCACACAGUACAGUACCCAUCCACCUACCUACCUACCUACCAUGGCAUCACACAGUACAGUACCCACCUACCUACCCACCUACCUACCUACCAUGGCAUCACACAGUACAGUACCCACCUACCUACCCACCUACCUACCUACCAUGGCAUCACACAGUACAGUACCCACCCACCCACCUACCUACCUACCUACCUACCAUGGCAUCACACAGUACAGUACCCACCCACCUACCCACCUACCUACCAUGAGUUGGCAGAAGCAGAUAUGCUCAUCAACAUGUUGGCUUUUUUAUGCUUACGGUUAAGAAGGAGUAUGCAAAAGAGAAAUGCUGAUUGUUAGAUGAAAGUGCAAACGUCCUACGUGAGGCUGAAUGAUUUCGUGUGAUGUGAUGUCUCUUUGUUCAUAAAAGCAACAACACUGACCACAAAUCAGUCAUAAACAAAAAGUUAGAAGUGAAGCACGUUCGGUCCAGCAUCAUUCAGGCAGGUUGCAGGUUGACUAACUUUGAAAUGGGACUUGCUCACACACACACGCGUUUGAAAGCAUAAUGUAAAUAUAUUGCACAUGAAAGUGCUAAAUAUUUCUCAAGUUCUGGCAUUAAUGACAACCUUUGAAGCAGCACUGCAGAAUAGAAGUGUAAAUGUGAUUGAUGUAUUCUGCUUUCUUAUCAAAUCACAUGGCAAUAAUCAUUUGGAUCCACUUUAAGGAAGACCACAACUUUGGGGAUAAUGAGGAUUUUUGUGUACAUGUGGAAAUAUUAAGGCUUUUGUGCUGUUUAAUAAAUCCUCUCCUGAUUGCA